GUUAAUACCGAACACAUGAUAAAUGUUAACUGAUAAUAUUGUGUCUCAUAAUGUGCAAUUCUCCCCCCCCCUAAUACUAAAUAUGUUGCUUAUAGCUACUAAGAUGCCGUGACUGGUCUAUACAACCUGAGAGCAUUUGAAAAUAAGAAACACUGCGCGGUCCUGAUGUUAGUGACGUAAACAGCCUUGCCAAACCUCCCGGUCCUAUAAAAAAGACCAUGCUGUAACAAUGACCUGUCAGAUAUGAUAACCCCAACUGCAGCCUUCCGCCCGCACGAUUUCCCCUCGAUUCCAAGAACGUACCGUGUAGCUUUUCCCUGGUCUGGGAGUGAGUCAGUAGCCGGUUGGUGCCACGACCUCCGCACUGGAUGGCUCGAAAUGCAUGUAUGGUCGCACAACGUGGUUAUGGGCGGGAUAAUGGUUUCGAAUUAAGGCCACGAGAAGACCUCGAUUCAUAUAUUUAAUGCCGACUCCCAAUCUUUGGGCAACAUGAUUGUUUCUUGGUAAACUAGGGAAAAUGGGGCCUAAGAAAACAUCAGGAAGGCUGGGGAUGGACCCGUACUCGAGAUUACUUCGUCGAUUCUACGAACCUUUGAUUCUGUUGAGAGUCCUUGGGCAGACGCGAGGGACACAUACUUUGGUCUCUCAAGAUGACAAGAGUCAAUCUAGACAAUUCAGACGUAGAAGACUGCUCCGCAACCUUUCUUACCUCUGCGAUUAUGAAAAAGGAGGUGAUACGACUUCUUCCAUUGCUCUUGAGGACACAGACCAAUGCUACAUAUUUUGGAUCGCGUCAAAUACAGCUCGUGCGGGCAACAGGAACUUGGGGUUUUUAAAAGCGUCGCUGGAACAAAUACGUCACAUCAUUGUGCUUAAAGAAGAGCAAAGGAGUCCCCUUGAGGUUAGAUUCACCCGCGCAUGGGUAAAUUUUGCCGAGAGGAGAGUGAAGAAGGAGGUCAAGUUGCUAUCGAGGGCGAUAAAUGAGUGCAAAAGAUAUAUCAACAAGGAGAAUUCCGUACCAGAUUCCCAAUUAGGCAAAUGGCUACAGCAAUUCAUUCCGGACAAAGGGAAGCCUGUGGCUGAUAUUUGCUUCCAAGCUUAUGAUCAACGAAAGACACCGGAGUUUCGUUCACUAGAGGGUAAAACUUACUCCGGCAAUGGAGACAUCGAUCCCGGCGAAUAUGAGUCUCUUUUCGCAACAGUACACCAUCGUCUGGGGCGAUUGGCUCACCAUGUCCGAGCACCAAAGGAAGUUAUCGAAGAUUCACUUGAAUUGGCUCACCUAUUCGACGCGUACGAGAUUUGCUUGGUUAACCCACCACUGCUUAACCCACCACCCUCUCUUACCGAGCUUCACAGCAUUGUCAAGCGGAUGCUGCCGGACAAAGAACCAAAAUUGGAGGAAUAUAUAGAGGCUCUAGUAUCUCUAGACCAUAAGUAUCAUAUUGGACAGGGAAUCCACGAGGAAUAUAACAACAAAAACUUCCAACUGCGCGUCCACGCCGAGGUUCAAGUUCUAGAACAUUUCUGUACGAACCAACUCCGUUACGUUGAUAACGACCACUACAUCGGAUGCAGCAAGCCGUCAUGUUAUUGUUGCCACCUCUACUUCCGGCACCACAAAUCUAGGCCCGUGGAACCGGAAUCGCAUCAGAAGAUAUAUCUGAAUUGGGGAGUACCGGCGUUGCCCGAGGGAUCUAAAAGUCCGGGCUAUAAUAUGCAGCGAGAUCUGAUGAACGAGAUGGUGAAAACGAUCAGGAAAGAUGCCCUGGCACAGAUUAUACAGAAAGCAGGGCCGCUCAAAUGGCACCCCGAUUCGCUGACGGGGAUUACUAUUUCAACGACGGCACUUCCCCCGGAGAAAGUGCACCUUGAAGAGAAUCCCCUCGAAAGACAGUUGACGAGUUCGAGUUAUGACUCUACCAUGCCGGAAGUCAUUCCCGUCACGGACGCACAGUCGCGUAUCGCUGAAGAAUGGAGCAGCUCUUCCCUCGACAACGAUAAUUCGUCGACCUGCGAGCCUCAAGGUGAGGCCGUGAGUGAAUUUCACUCCGAUUCCGACUCUGAUGGCGGGGCCUCUUUGUAGUGUUGCGACUUUAUGACAUAUGUUAUCUUUUGCGGGACGCCGUGUGAAGAUGGGCUUGGUUGGCUUGCAGCUUCAUCCCGUUGAAAUAUAUUAUCGUGCUCUCAUGGAAAUGGGAAAUGUCGCAUUAUGUAGGCCUGUAACUGUUUUAUCGGAAGCGGUCUUAAGUACCUAACCUAGAAGGUAUAUAAUUUAAAUGUUAGUUAUCUCACAUCGUCUGAUUGAAGAUGAGAUAAUUCGAGGUUAAUGUUGG